AUUUGAAUGUUCGGCUCAAGUCUAGACAUGGACCCUCGCAAUAGUGCCAUAGACAUCCUCCUUUGUGAUUUGUGUGAAACUGCUCCCUUGAAGUUUCAUUGUGAGAAUUGUCAAAUAAACCUUUGUGUUGCCUGUAAAGAGAAGCAUCUGUUACAUUCAUGCGACAGAGAAAACAUUGUACCCUACAGACUCCACAUAUUUGCUACAAAAUAUCCAAAAUGUCAAAGCCACACACAACAAUUUUGUAAGACUUACUGUGAGAAAUGUGACAUUCCUAUUUGUGAAACCUGCCUCUCCUCUGAUGUCCAUAAUGGACAUUCUCUAUCAGAUGAUCUGCAGAAAAUCAAUUUCAAAAGUAAGCCUAUCCCACCUCAAAAAUUUUUGGCAUGCAUGGAAAACGGAAAGACCACCGUGCGUCAUGCUCGAGGGGUUGUGAUUGGGUGUGCUGGUGUGGGGAAAACGACUCUGUUAUACAGACUCAUGGGUAAAAGUCUUCAAGAAAUAAAAAAAAUAAAAUCGACGAGGGGACUUUGUGUCUACGAACACAUAUUUUCUGUGGAAAAAGGAGAUUUGGUUGCAACUGAAAAUGAUAUCUCUAAAAGACGACUGAUCCGAGUUCCACUGUCUGCACUUCAGAGGAAAGAGCAGAUUGGGAAAGAAAAGUCAAUGUUUGGAGUGAAAAGAACAAGUCAAAAAAGUGGAAAUUUAGAAAAUUUGCAAAACGAUAUGUUGCCAAAAGGAGAACAGAGAGCAAGUCCAUUGACGGUACAAAAUUCUUCUCUCGAUAUAUUAAGUACCACGAAAAAUGCAGCGAAUGAAUUACAAGUGACGAGAAAUGAAAAGGAUAAAAAAGGUGCCAGGGAAAAUGAAACAAAUGAUCUUCAAAUGUCGAGAUAUAAAAUGAGAAAAAGAUUGGGUGCCAGGGAGAAGGCAGAAAAUUAUCAACAACAGAAGCAUGAUAAAAUGCGAGAAAGAUUGGUUGCCAGGGAAAAGAGAGAAAAUGAUCAACAGACGCAUGAUAAAAUAAGAGAAAGAUUGCAUGACAGGGAAAAGAAAGAAAAUUAUCAACAUCAGACGCAUGAUGAAAUGAGAGAAAGAUUGGGCGCCAGGGAAAAGGAAGAAAAUUAUCAACAUCAGACGCAUGAUGAAAUGAGAGAAAGAUUGGGCGCCAGGGAAAAGGUGGAAAAUACUCUACAACUGACGCAGAAUGAUAUGCGAGAAAUAUUAGUUGCCAAGGAAAAUGAAACUAGUGUCAGUAUGAUUGAUUUUGCAGGACAAUUUGCUUAUUAUGCAUGUCAUCAGAUCUACAUGAGGUCUGAAACAUUCUACAUUCUUGUGUUGGACAUGAGUAAAUCCUUUAAUGAUGUCAUUGGUAGUGAACUAGAUGACCGUGAGGGCUCUAUAUAUUCAACAUGGACUUGCAAAGAUUAUGUUGACUUCUGGCUUGAAUCCAUAAAAUCGUUCGGUGGAAAAACUCCACAAAUACUUGCUGUGGCUUCACAUGCAGAGGACAAAGGAGAAGCGGAAAAAAAGGUUUUUUGGCAAAAUUUUUGGAGAUUAAUACGAGAAGAAGAUUGUGACUGGCUCGGAAAAUGCAUAAAUUCCCGUGAAUUUUCUUUAGGACUUAUUGAGAUGAAAGGAGAUGAAGAAAAUUCACUGAAGUGUCUAAAACAAACAAUUGCUAAGGUGGUAUCGAAAAGUCCAAAAGCUGAGUUAGAAGUUCCAUCAGCAUGGGCCCUUCUUGAACAUCUCUUGCGAAAGACAGAGAAGCCAAUCAUGUCACUUGAAGAAAUCAACAAAGUGAAUAAAACACUUCCGAAUAACUAUCAGUUAAAAAAUCAGGAGGAAAUUUUCGAAUUUCUAUCCUUUUUCCAUGAUCAUGGAUUGUUACUGUUUUUCAAAGAUAAAGGACUGAGGAAAUAUGCAAUAUUUGGGAUGCAGUGGUUUUCCAAUGCAUUCAGUAAACUUAUUGCAGACAGGAAGCAUAUCAGCCAAGACUGUAAUACAAAAUACAUUAAAAAAUGGGAAUGUUUCAACGAAACCGGAAAACUGGGACAUGAACUUGUCGAGGCUCUCUGGACAGGCGAGCAAUCGUAUUUAGAUCAUAAGAGAGAGCUUAUGCUGUAUAUGGAGAGAUUGCAAAUGUUAGUUAGCAUAGUUGACGCCGCUCACAAAACCUUGUGGUAUGUCCCCUGCAUGAAUAAUAAAAGUUUUACACGCCGCAUAUUUAAAAGGAAGUGGAGGUACUCUUCCAUUUUAUGUUUUCGGUUUGCAUCGUUUGCCAUGUUCGUGUAUUACAGACUGAUUGCAUACUGCAUGAGUUCACUGAAGUGGGCUGUGCAGCUGGAUAAAGACAACAGUCCAUGUCUGUAUCACACAGCAGCAAUAUUUGAAACAACCGAAAAUCACACUGUUAUUGUUGGUAUUUUUGAUAACGACAUCCAGAUACAGGUCAUGAGAAUCAAUAAUCUGCAACCAAAGGUUUCCUGUGAAAUUGGAAAAUCCAUUGAAAUUGCCUUAACACAAUUGACAAAGACAUUUGAGGAGGAGAAGACCUUUCAGAAAGGUUAUAAAUGUUUGAAUGUUUUCUGCAGUGAAGAGGAUAUGUCAUUCAUCCCAGAAAAAAAAUUAUCUAAAGCUAAAGAAAUUCAAUGCAAUUGUCCAAUAGAGGAUAAACACGAAAUAGACGUUCAUAAAACUUUAAUAUUCUGGGAAGAGGGAACAGAAGAAUGUUCUAAAAACGUGAAAUCAGGAUCUUCUGGAUUAAAUCUUGACGACCGUACUAGAUUUGCCAAAGUUGGAAUGGCGAUAAAUGAUGUGUUGACAGAGACCCUUAGAGACGUUUUACAGAAUAAUAUACCCUCUUCUAAUAUUUUUGUUAAGGUGAAUGCAUCAAAAAGAUAUAAAGAUCUCAAUAGUGAGCAACAGAAUCUUAUAAAAGAUGCCAUAAAUUCUGGUUAUGAGAAAUUUGAUACAACACUUUUGUACACCUUGAUAAGAAAUUUUUCAACAAUCACUAAGCCCACAAGAGGUUGGGGUUUGACGGCCUUACCUGCAUCAGGGGAAAUAACUGUGGGGGAUGACGUGGAAAGGAUCAGACUGAUACGAAACAAUGUGUUUGGUCACGUUAACUCAGCUUUAACCUCACAAUCAGUGUUUGAUGAUUGCUGGUCAGCCAUCUCUGAUAUCUGCACGCGACUUGAAACCUUUACGGGAAAUAGCUACUUGGAUGAACUUAGUUACAUAGAGAAUCUUUCCUUGGAAGAAAAGAAUCGAGAGGCAAUUAUAGAUCAAAUCAAAGUUGAAUGUAAGGAUGACAAAGAAAUCCUCGAAAUAAUGCAUUCAAUAGAGUCAAACAUGCAUUCUUUGAAAACUGGUAUGCAUUCAGUGGAGUCAAAUUUGCAUUUGGUGAUGAAGGAUGUGAAAGAAAUGAAAACAGCCAUGGAGUUUGAGAAGAAAGGUACGCAGCGUGGAAGGCGAGAAAUUUGCAAAAUCCUGUGAAUAUGUUUAAUGUCGUGUUUACCAUGAAAAAGACAAACUGUACAUAUUUUGUAUAAACAAAUAACAUAGUUGAAGCCAACUGACUAUUUUAAAAUGUGAUUCUUUUAGAACAUGCAAACAUCUUUAACUUUGAC